AUGUUUAUACAAUCAUAUGAAAUACAAAUUCCUGAAAAGAUUUCAUCGGACGGACGUUUCAUAUCUUAUACAUUGAAUCACGAGUUGUCGACUCGAAAGACCAGAUCCAGUGACAGUCAAUCAGAUGAUGUCUACUAUUCAAUUCCGUUACAAUCAUACGGCAAACUUGUACUAUCAUUGUCACCAAAUAAGCGAUUGUUGGCGCCAUCGGUAAUAGUAGAAAAAUGGACCGAUGAUGGACUAAUCGGAUCCAACAGUGACGACCUAUCGUCACAUUUAUUUAAUCCGAUAAAGAAAUUUUGUUAUUACGAAGGAUUUAUACGCAAUAUUACCAACAGUUUGGUUUCAGUAUCAACUUGUGAUGGACUGAGAGGAGUCAUUCGUAUCGAUGGAAAUGAUCUGUUUAUUGAGCCGAUUGAGGCUAAUGUCAAUCACAAGCAACCAAAUCAUCAUAAAAUCACCAAAAGAUCAGUUGAACAAUACAAUCAAAACAACAAUAAUUUUCCAGAAAAAAUAUGUGGAGUUAAAAAUGAAUAUGAAUCAGGAAUUCAAAGACGUAAGCGUUGGGAAACAAAAAGAAAACAUCAAAACAAACAACAAAACUAUACAUCUCUUAGAAAGAGAUCCGUCAGCCUUGAGAGGAAUGUAGAGACACUCAUAGUGGCCGACCCGACAAUGGUUGACUAUUAUACCGAUGAAGACCUACAGAUGUAUAUAUUGACAAUCAUGAAUGUGGUCAGCGGACUAUACCACGACCACAGUAUAGGAAAUGCCAUCAACAUAAUCAUAGUACGGGUGAUUUUGCUGCAAAAUCAGACCACUACCGCCACUACGACCACACAUCGAUUGGCCACUAAUUUUUCGGAUAGUACGGCACCCAAUGCUACAUUGAAAAACUUUUGUCGCUGGCAACAGGUAAUCAAUCCGCCAGAGGAAGGACAUCCCAAUCAUCACGACACCGCUGUACUCAUCACUAGAAAUAAUAUAUGUCGGACACCAAAUGAUAAACUAUGCAAUUCAUUGGGAUUGGCAGAAAUUGCAGGAAUGUGUCAACCACUGAGAAGCUGUGCCCUAACUGAAGAUACCGGACUAUCGCUCGCUUUCACAAUUGCUCACGAAAUUGGACACAAUUUCGGUAUGAGUCACGACGGUUCCCAUAAUCAUUGUGUAACAUCCGAUGGACACAAACAUCAUAUAAUGUCUCCCAGUCUUACAUUGGAUACAAUACCCGUUUGGUCUAAUUGUAGCCGAACUGAAAUCACUAAUUUUCUCGAUCGUGAAUGGGGUUAUUGUUUGGAUGACGAGCCAACUCAACACGUGUUUAAUUAUCCAGAAUUACCGGCAGGCACAAUGUAUAACACCGACCAUCAGUGCCGACUCCAAUACGGACCCGAAUCCAAGUACUGCAACGAAAUGCAAGACGUAAACCUGUGCGAGACGUUGUGGUGUCAAACUGGCGACCAAUGUAUAUCUAAGCUAAAGCCGGCGGCCGAAGGAACUAUUUGCGGACAGAAUCGGUGGUGUUAUUUGGGUGAAUGUGUGGAAAUUGGUGAACGCCCGCCGGCCAUUGACGGCGAAUGGGGUCCCUGGUCUAACUGGUCGGACUGUUCCCGGGAAUGCGGGGCCGGAGUUAUGUAUUCCGAACGGGAAUGCAAUAAUCCAUUACCAUCAAAUGGUGGCCGAUAUUGUAUUGGCGAAAGAAAACGAUAUAAAGUUUGUAAUACACAGCCGUGCGGUUAUAGUAAUAAAACAUUUCGUGCCAUACAAUGUAGUUCAUAUGAUGGCAUUGAAUUUAAAGGACAGUAUUAUAAAUGGCAACCCGUGCUAACACCGGCCACUCCGUGUGAACUCUAUUGCAAACCCGAAGGUAAAUCAUUUUCAAUACGUCUAUCAGACACUGUCAUCGACGGUACGCCCUGUCGUCGGGGCAGUAAAGACAUGUGCGUCAAUGGCAUGUGUCGGAGUGUCUCCUGUGACUGGAAUUUUGACUCUGAAUCUCAAGAGGACAGGUGUGGUAUUUGUGGCGGCGAUAGUACUCAAUGUUUAACAAUCAAAGGAAAUUUCAAUCAAACUAAAGGAUUUGGUUACAUCCAAAUAUUAUACUUACCGGAAGGGGUGUCCAAUUUGAAAGUCGAAAAACUAUACGCCGACGAUAAUUAUUUGGCUGUUAUGGACAAUAAGGGAGAGUAUAUAUUGAACGGCGAUUUCAUGAUUGACUGGACGGGUGAAUAUUCAUUAUACGACACUACAGUCUAUUAUGAUAGAGAUUCUGGCGGUAAGGAGACACUGCAGGUGCCGGGACUACUGCGCGGCAAUAUCACGAUUAUGUUAUUAUUUCAAUCGGAAAAUCGUGGCAUCAAAUGGGAGUAUACUGUGGCUAAUGUUAACCAUAGCCGUAGUCCAGAGUUUGAGUGGCUUUUGGAUGAAUACGGCAUUUGCUCGCAAACUUGCGGAAGAGGCAUUCAAAUCCGUAAAGUUCGCUGCUAUGAGAAAGAGGGCGGUCUGGUUGAAGAUAAAUACUGUUACCGAUUGUCAUCGAAACCGUUAGAAGAGAAGCGAAUCUGCAAUCAAAACAACUGUCCGGCCCGAUGGUGGUCAGGUCCGUGGCAACACUGUAACGCUACCUGUGAUAGUAAUAAGGGUGUCCGCAAAAGAUCGGUACUGUGUGUCCGAUCUAUGGAUUCCGAUGAACAGUUGGCUCUCCGAAACAGUGAAUGUGACGCUACGGUAAAACCUUUGGAUUCAGAAGAAUGUAUUUAUCAGAAGCCAUGUCCUAAAAGUACAACAACUACUACUAACUCAAUCAACAAGUGUGCUAAAAAUAGAUUAUAA